UAAAAGAAAAGAAAGAGAGAGAGCGCACGAGAGAGAGGGGAGGAGAAGAUGGAGGGCUUGCUGUCUGUAAUGCAGCUACGCCCUGGCUUGUUCGUGGCUGCCUCCUCUCUCAUGUUCAGGGUCGUCCACCGGCUCCUGCAGACCCUGCCUCGUCCCAAAGCUGUGGAGAGCGAUGCGUUUCGCGCCUGGAAGUGGAAGAAUCUCUCUGUGUCCCUGGUGCACUCCCUGCUCACUGGAACCCUGGCCGUCACCUGUAUGGUCCUCUGUCCAGAGAUGCUGUACAAGAUCUACUCCACCUUCACCCCUUUGUCCUACCUUCUCAUCUGCAUCUCCACAGGUUACUUCAUACAGGAUGCCUGUGACAUCAUUCUCAGUGGCUAUGCAAAGGGAUCCUGGGAAUUCUUGCUUCAUCACUCUCUGGUGAUCUGGUGUUUCCUGUACGCGCUGUACACACGGCACUACGUGGCGGGAGCGGUGAUCGCCCUCUUCGUGGAGGUGAACAGCGUCUUCCUGCACACGCGGCUGCUGCUCAAACUGGCGGGGGCGCAGUCGACGCCUCUCUACACCCUCAACAAGCUCAUCAACCUCUUCACCUACGUCUCCUUCCGCCUCAGCGCGCAGUUCUACAUCACCUGGUACAUCCUGCACAACUACUCCUGGCUGGACCACGGCGGCUACUUCCUGUCCACCAUGGUGCUGAUGAACAUCAUGAUUCUCAUCUACUUCUACCGGCUGCUGCGCGCCGACUUCUUCCCCAGCCGCAAGGUGCACCCGGUCCAAAAUGGCUCCACGAAGUUCCUCAAGGACUGAUUAGGGGGCUGGACCCGGACUCUUCCACGCAUUACCUCUACCCCACCUUGUCAUAUUGAAUUGACCACUCCUCCUGUACCACUAGUUAACCUUGCGGUUAGAGAACAGUGACUCCUACAGCCUUCCCACAAAUUGACUGCAUACUUCAGCAGUGUUUGUGGUUGCUAGCUCCAGAACAGGACGUUAAUGCCCUCCCUCUGUGUAUGAACUAACACACGCUGAAAAUAAUCCUUCAGCUGUCUCUGACCAAGGCAUAAUGGUGUCCAGUACCGGCAAUCUCAGAUUUUGCUACCUUCUCUACAGUUGCUUUGCACAACUACAGCCAAAAACAAAGUAUGUAUCAGCAGUAGUAUCCCAAGUCAAGGGGACCAACUGGGGUACAGUUCUGCUCCUUUCAAGGUGUCUUGAAAGCUGACAGCACAGCUUCACCCCUAACACACCCCUUCCAAACAAAGCCUGAGGGGACCUCUUAACAUUUACAUAAAGAUGACAGAAUGGCCACUUCAUUCUGGCAAUGAAAACCUUGUUCAUGUUUGUGCAGGUACCAAGAAUUCCUCCCAAGUAUAAAUUCAUACAAUGAUGAUGUAUGUGUAGCGACUUUUACCGAGACAUACCAUUAGAUCAAGACAGUACACAAUGUACUUAUGUGCUUUACAAGUGUAUUGUGUCAGUGUGUUUCUAGCUUAAUAGAAAAGUAGGAUAAGAAAAUUUAAUACUUGUGUUUUUACAAAUUUUUAAGAAUUAGGCAACAUUAGUACCAGAGGCAAAGAUUGCCUGACUACAUCAGACAGCAAAGUUUUUCCUCCCAAACACCACCUCUACUCUUUAGUUGCCAAGUUAGUUACCAAGAUGGUAGAGAACAUUCCAGUGCACAUAUCAGGUGUAUGUACUGUGUUAGUGCAUUGUGGUUUAACAGAAAAGUAGGGUAGGCCUUUGUCUAGAAUUUUUUUAGAAUUGCAUUUCACUGAGUAUGUUUAGGCAAAAUUAGAAUCAGAGGCUAAGCUUGGCCAACUACAUUACAAUAUUUUCUACCCAGGUACUUGUGCUCCUUUGCAAAAAGCCAUGUUGAGAAGCCUCCUAAAAUGCCACAACCUAUUCAUCUUCCGCACAAAGUUGAAAAAAACCAGUGACUCUUUCCAAAGGCAUGCUCAGUGCUGUCACUCAAAGGGAAGUCAAGACAAUUUACAUACAGCAACAUCCACACCAAACUUUUAAGAUUAUUGUAUAAUUCUUUACAAGCUACAAGUACAUUUUGGAUAACCUCAAGAAAAAUUUAAUUCUGCAUACUGUAAUCACCCUCAAAGUACAUAAUACAUUAACAGACUACUAUUCAGUAGUACCACUAAUAUAAAAAUACUAUUUUUUUAGAGGUAGACUGUCCUCAAUCCAGUUAAAACAACUUGCAACUGAGCAGUGUUCAGAUGAAUGCGCCGACUUCACUUAAACACUACAACAAAAACCAAAUUCAUUCCAACUUUGGCGAUAUAUGAACAUAACUGCCAGUCCAUCAUUUGGGAUUCUGUGAACAUUUCAUAGUAGAUGAAAGUCAGAUUAAUCUAAGAAACUGAAGUAUGCCAACGUGGCAAGUGAGACAAAACUUGAAUCCCGUGAUAAUCCUGCAACCAUUUAAACUAUUCCUAUCUGAAUUAUGAAGCAAAAUCUGCUGGGUGUGGACAAUUGUACAUCAGCUGUGGAAUGUUUUCAUUACCGUUGUACAAAAUUAGACCCACAGCAGUGUAUUAAAUGUAAAGG